CCGUCUCGGCCGCACUCUCCCCGAGCGGCGGCGGGAGCGGAAGCGCCUCCUGCUCUAGCGGAGACGGCACCGCGGCGGCUCAAGAGUCUGCCGGCCGGCACGAGGGAGACAACUGCCGCAGCACCGAGGGGGAGCGCCGGGGCGGCGAGCAGCGGUGGCGACCGGGCCGGCGGAGGAGCGGCGGCGGCGCGUCCCCGCUCCAGCGCCGCCCGAUGCCGGUGUGGUGCUGCCGGUGCUCCCUGGCCGGUCAUUUCAGAAACUAUAGCAAUCCUGAAACUGAAGGACAGAUUUUGAAUUCCCUAGUACAAUAUUUUGGUGACAGUUUCAGCAGAAAAGUGAAAGCAAUGCCAUUAGUUGAAGAAACUUCUUUACCUGACGACUCAUCAUUGACUUUGCCUGUGGUAAUAGUAGGAAAUGGACCCUCAGGCAUUUGCCUUUCUUACAUGUUGUCAGGAUACAGACCGUAUUUAUCUUCAGAAGCUAUACAUCCAAAUCCAAUUUUGCAUAGUAAAUUAGAAGAAGCAAGACAUCUCUCCAUUAUUGAUCAGGAUUUAGAGUACUUGUCUGAAGGUCUUGAAGGCCGAUCAUCUAAUCCAGUUGCAAUACUACUUGACACACUUCUUCAUCCAGAUGCCGACUUUGGGUAUGAUUAUCCAUCAGUUUUGCACUGGAAAUUAGAACAACAUCAUUAUAUUCCUCACUUGGUUCUUGGUAAAGGACCACCUGGUGGGGCUUGGCAUCAUAUGGAAGGUUCCAUGUUGACAAUCAGCUUUGGAAACUGGAUGGAAUUACCUGGGCUUAAGUUUAAGGAUUGGGUGGCUACCAAACGAAGGAACAUAAAGAGUGACCGAGUUACACCAGAGGAGAUAGCUCGCUACUAUAAGCACUAUGUGAAAGUUAUGGGUCUUCAGAAGAAUUUCCGAGAAAAUACUUACAUAACCUCUAUAUCAAGACUUUACAGAGAUCAAGAUGAUGAUGAUGACCAAGACAAUGAUGGUAUUUCAAUACAGCAAUUACAAAUGGAGAAGUCAACAUUUAUCAAGAGAAACUGGGAGCUUAGAGGCUAUCAGAGAAAACCUGAUGGUACUCACGUCCCUUUCUGCCUCUUUGCUGAGAAUGUAGCCCUGGCAACUGGAACUCUGGAUUCUCCUACUUAUUUGAAAGUUGAAGGGGAAGAUUUUCCCUUUGUAUUUCAUUCAAUGCCAGAAUUUGGAGCUGCCAUUAGCAAGGGAAAGUUACAUGGCAAAGUGGACCCAGUUUUAAUUGUAGGUUCUGGACUUACUGCGGCUGAUGCUGUACUGUGUGCUUACAACAAUAAUAUUCCUAUAAUCCACGUGUUCCGGAAACGGGUUACUGAUCCAAGUUUAAUUUUCAAACAACUUCCCAAAAAGCUUUAUCCUGAAUACCAUAAAGUCUAUCAUAUGAUGUGUACUCAGUCACAUUCUAUUGACUCUAAUCUUUCAUCAGCUUAUACCAGUUUUCCUGAGCAUCAUGUGCUUUCAUUUAAGACAGACAUGAAAUGUGUUCUUCAGAGUGUCUCUGGAUUGAAGAAAAUCUUCAAGUUAUCUGCAGCAGUGGUAUUAAUAGGCUCACAUCCUAAUCUCUCCUUUUUGAAGGAACAAGGGUAUGACUUGGGCCAUAAUUCAAACCAACCAAUUACAUGUAAAGGUAAUCCUGUGGAAAUCGAUCCAUACACAUAUGAGUGUACUAAAGAAGCUAAUCUUUUUGCUUUGGGGCCUUUGGUUGGAGACAAUUUUGUACGGUUUUUAAAGGGUGGGGCACUGGGUGUUGUCCGAUGUCUAGUUACUAGACAGAAGAGGAAACAACAUUUAAUUGUUGAAAGAGGAGGUGGUGAUGGUAUAGCAUAAAGCCAUUGUGUUUACAAGUAAUAAUUCAUAACUAAUUCAUAUGGACAGCUUGCCGUCAGCAUUUUUAAUAGUGAUUUGCAAUCUCAUUUUGCUGGGGUUAUAUUGUCUGGCAAGGAGGUACACAACUGUACUCAUCAUUUUGAAAUGUUGUAAGAACUUUGUUUUCUUUAUUUAAAACUACCUUAUUACCACCAGGUGUAAUUUUCAAAUGAAUAGAAAAGACUGUCAGUUUGUCCAGCUUCAUUUUAACUGAAGCACUGUAUGUAAUGUUAUUUCAACAAGACUUGGUUUCAGUUAUUUUUCUUCCAUUGCUUAUGUUUAAUUUUCAAAAUGUUAUUGCCUUGAAACUAUAAAAUCAGUUGAUUAAGCCAGGAAAUUGACUUUAUAUAAUUUCCCAUCUCAAGGAGAAUGUUAUGUGGGAAAACACUUCCUAAAAAACGGUUUUAUUUAUUUUGCUACAUCAUCAGUUUCAUAACUCCCAUUUGUCAUUUAGAUUAAGAGGGGUUUUAAACAAAAGAAGAUUCUUUGUUAAAUUCUGUAAGAGCUUCUUAAUCUUAGAUUCUAGUAAGCUGACUGUCCAUUAAUGUUGGGAUGUAUCUGCAAAGUUGGCCAUUUCAAGACAAAUUAAUAAAGUAUUUUGUGGAGGUUUAUUCUCUACUAGACGUCUAUAAAGCUUUCCAGUAAUACUUUGAUUUGAAGUACAACAAUAAAUUGCUUAUAAAAGUGCUCUUAUUACUGUGUGAAUAGAGUUAAUAAUUUUAGCUCACAUUUAUACAAUAUACUUUUUUUUAGCAGUUUAAGGUUUCCAAAAUACUAUAUUUACAUUAUUUCAUUUGAGCCUUACAACAAUAAUGUGAAAUAGGUAUUAUAUAAAUUUUUAUAGAUGAGUACACGGAAGCUUUGAAAUUGUAACUUGGUCACACAAUUAGUGUCAAGAAUGGGUUUUCAACUUAGGUUUGACUGACCUGAUGUCUAGUGUACUUACACAGUGUUGUGUCUUUAAAACAGUGAUGAGUUAUGCUGGAAGAAAUACUUGCAACAAAAAUUAUUUCUCAAAACAGACCUGUGUGAUAGAGCAAUUAGCAAUAGCCUCAUAAAUUAUUUUUGGCUUUUGAUCUGCUAGAGGCAUUUAAAAAUUAUAAUUGCUAGAUGGAAAAAUGUAAGUCUUUUUCAUUUAUAAGGUAAUUGUUAGUACAGAAUAUCCAAUUCCUAGUUUUUUUCUACUGGAAAGGUAUUACAAAUCUGUUAAAUUCUUAAUCAUUCAAAUUUAUGUUAUCUGGUCUAAUGUUUUCAUUAAUAUGUAAUAAUUAGAAAUUCCAUGGUUACAGGAAAACAGAAUCAGAAUUUUGGAGUUGGGAAAGGAUCUCAGAGACUAUCUAGUUUUGCCAAAACUGAUAUCCCCUUUGCAGUCUUGCAAGUGGUAAUCCAGCCACACUGCUUGAAGAACUCCAGGAAGCAUUCUAUCUUCCAUCAGCAGCCUAAUCAACUUUUGGACAGCUUUACCUGUUAAGAGAUUUUUUCCUUGUUAAUUUAAUUCAAAUAAAUGUUUAAGUGCAUGCCAGGUGCUGGGGAUACACAGUAAAAGACAGUUUCUGCCCUCAAUGAACUUACAAUCUAGUAUUACCAAGUCAUAUGUAAUCUGUCUCCACUAUUGCUCUUAACUGCCAGCUGGGAACAAGGAGAAAAGCAUACUUCAUCUAACACAUUCUUUUUGUUUGUUUUUGACAGGAUCUAAGAUUUCAUCCAGCUAGGGAGCUCCUGGCAUAUUGACACCUUAUCUAUAACCUAGAGUCUUAGGUGCCUGAAGCACUGAGAGGUUAAGUGAUCUGCCCAGGAAAACAAAAUCAAUAUGUUUCAGAGACAGGUCUUUUUUUUAAAGUAAUAAACAUUUUUAUUUAUAGUUUUGGGUUCGAAUUUGUAUCCCUCUCCCCCUCCCUCCUCUCCCCCCUCCCUGAGGCAGCAAACAAUCCAGAGACAAGUCUUGAGUCCCAUCUCUGUGAUAGCACUUUAGAUAUUCAAAGACUGCUGUAAUAGCCCUCUUAAUUCUCCAAGCCAAACAUCCCAGGUUCUCUCAGUUGGCUUCUUAUUGAAAUCUCUUAACAUCUUGGCAUGACCUAGAUUACUUUCCAUUUGUCAGUGCCCUUCCCAAUAUGUGACAUCCCAAACUGAACAUACUACUCCAGAUGUGCUCUGGUUAAGGACCUUUCUGCUUUGGAUGCUAUGCCUCUUAUUAUAGCUGCCAUAUCAGACUAUGGCUCAUGGUGGAACUGACAGCAAGUCCCACACUCUAUCCCUAUGUCAUUUUCAUAAGAAUUUUCUAGCCACACAGUUGAUUCAGUGACCCAAAGGGUGGGAUGCCUCACUUAGCCUCAUUAAAUUCAGUUUAGAGAUUUGGCUCAACAUUCCAGCCUCCCAAGCCUUUUGGAUUAUAAAUUUGUUGUCCAAUUCUUUCUCUCUGGUGACUCCUACACUGUCAUCUAGUUUACAUCUUUUAUCCAGAUAGAGUCAUCAGGGUCCCUUCCUGAAAGAGACUAAUUAGAUAGCAUUCUUUACAAUGCCUGAUUAGUAAUGUUUCAAGAAAUGAAAUUAAUUUAGUCCAACAUUACCUGGUUCUCACAAAUCCAUAUAGUAGGCAGCGUUUUGACACAGUGAACAGAGAGCUGGUAGCUGGCUAUGCACCAUCGAGCAGAUCCCUAGGCUCCUCUAAGACUAAGAAGCAGAAAGGGCUGAUUUUCAUUAGUAGAGGAAUUUCCUCAACUGUUCCCUAAAAUGAAGUCACACAUCUAGCUCAAGAGAUAAAAGGCCAGGCUUGCUCUUAGCAAUGACUUUCCUAGUAAUGACUUAGUAAUUUCUUUCCUAAAGGUUCAGAAAGCACUUUUUUUAUUUUGUUGUUUUUCAGUUGUGUCCAACUCUUUGUGAUCCCAUUUGGGGUUUUCUUGGCAAAAGAUACUGGAGUAGUUUGCCAUUUCCUUCUCCAGCUCAUUUUACAAAAAAGAAAACCGAGGCAAAUUAGGCUUGUGACUUGCCCAAGGUCACACAGUAAGUGUCUGAGGGGGGAUUUGAACUUGGGAAGUUGAGUCUUCCUGACUCCAGGCUCAGCUCUUUAUGUACUGCACCAUCGGGCUACCCUAUGCUACAAAUAAUCAAGAAAUUGGAGUAUUAGAAAUGGUGUCAUACUUAAACAGAUCCCUGUAGCUGAAUAUUGACUUAGAAAACCAAAAAUUAACAUUUUAUUUUUAUUUUGUCAAACAUUUACCAAUCAAGGCCAUAACUGACACUUCCAGAGGGUAUCUACCUUUCUGUUUUGAAAAUAAAAACAAUUUGCCUAUUCAUUUUUCAAAGUUUUCUGAUAGUGGCUCAGCAGUUAUAUUCACCAGUUAUUUCAAUAACGUUCAACAAAUCCAAGUUCAUUAAGGGCAAGCUAGGUGUGCUCUAUUAUUUCAUGGAUCUUAAGUCUUAAUUUUUUCUUAACCACUUUUAUUCUUGCUUUAAGAGCCCAAACAGAAGAGAUAUGCAAAAUGAGAUGUCCUCUCUAUCAUCAUACACUAUCAUUAUCCCAAGAUCUUACAACAAAACUUCAAAAAUACAAGAACCUGUUUUGUUUUUGUUUUUCUUAUCAUUCAUUAUUGAUACCACUCUUAAAGGAUAUUUGUACAACCCCUUUAGAUGCAUUCUCAGGCAUUUGCUGUUAUUUUCUGUGCAUUGUUUUUUAGAAUUCUGUUCAUUGAUGAUUUCAUUGGUGCAUCUCUAGCAACCUUUCCCUCCAACAGAGGGUGUUUUUUUGCGUGUUUUUUUUUUUUCCUGUCAGAAUUUUGCUCUUGAGAGUAUUUCAUUACUUUUUGGCGGAUUUCUAUAGAAUUUUUAAAGCCUGGUGAUCCUACCUAGCCUUUCUAAUUUAUAUGAAAUUGCUCUAUCAAAAUCUAGGGCACAUAUGCAUCAUUGUAUGUACAUGCUUCUUACUUUCAGCAAAUUCAAGGGUGGAAUGGUGACUUCCAUUUCCUUGUAAUGAUUAACCUAGGAUCCACAAUAUGAGAGCUAUUGCAGCCCUAUAUUUAUUUGAUGUGCAACUACAUUUCCUGGCUUGUCAGAAAUAUCCUGUUUUCCCCCCUCCCCUAUCUUUUCAGAUAAAAACCAUCGUAAUCAAAUCUGCUACAUUUCAGACAAUUAUAUUUUUACUGGCCCCUUUUAGUGCUCUCCAUAACUUUCCAAGAGCCCAUCAUUCCUUUAUGUUAAACAGUGAUGCAUAACACCAGAUUGCAUUCUCAGAUACCAUUUCUUAGCUAUUGACUUAGCAGAACCUGCCUUUCCUUUAGUUAUGAAAACAGCGUGCUCCCUUAAUUGUAGCUUCUUGCUCAAACCACCAUCAUCUCUGAAGAAGUUUUCAUUCUGGGGGUAUUCCUCAGAAGGUAGUGGAUUCUCCUGUACUGGAAGAGACUAAAUAGCCCCUUGUUAUGUUGUAGUGGUGAUUCUUUUUCAGGUAUUAGUUGACAUAGAUGACAGGUAGAAAUUGCAUGAUUCUGAAUCAUUGGUUUCAGCAUAAACAUAGGUAUUGGUGGGCAGAUCUGAUAAGUCCUGGAAAACAUUCUGCUGUAUUCUAUGAGCACAUUCCUAGAAGACAGCAUACUUCUCUGUUCAUUUAAAGUCAACACUUGGUACUUAAAAAAAAUAAACAUUUUUAUUUAUAGUUUUGGGUUCCAAUUUUUAUCCCUCUUUCCCUCCCUCCCCUCCCCACUCCCUGAGGCAGCAA